AUGAUCUCCCUCCCCAGCGCUUUCCUAACCUCUCUCCACGCACGCGCGCACCCUACGACUAAAGACCCUUGGCUCCUGCCUGUCUCUCUCACGACGGACAAGAAGCACCUCGGACCCCCACACCGCUUCCUUGGGACUCGUCGGAUUACUGUACAACUGGGCAAGAAGAAAGCCUGGGAAAAAGCCCUGAACUCACGCAUGGCCGAAAAGUUUGGCGGGCUGGGCUUGAAGAAGAUGGUUUGGAGGGAGGACAUGCCAGACUUCAUACUGGACGUGAUGCGCAAGACAGUAGGGAGUAAGCUCAGCUGGAACUUUGGUUUCAGAGGUCGAUUGAUUCCAGUCGCGAGCCCCCGGACUGAAGACAUUGAGGGCGUCGAAGACGUGUCUUCUGUCCUCAUAUUCCGAUCGCUUCAUAACCGUGGGGAUGAUAUGCAAAAGACGGCAGAUCUGAACAUGGCUGAGCUGGAAAAGUGGUCAGCCUACUUUACCAAGAGCUUUGAGGCGAAGCUGGAUCCACAUGCUACCCCAGAAGUCACUCACUCUUCACCACACUGGUAUACUGGUCCUGUCAUCGCAUGUCUGCAACCCCGGCUGAUGUUCCCGGAGCUCGAGUUUCAUACAACCACUUGGCGAGGCAGAAAGGUUGCGGUCUACAGUUUGACGGAUCUACUUGGAGAAGACAAAGCGCAAGAACUGAUAAAAGGCAGCAAGUAUGCUGAUGAGAAAUGUGUCGUGAUGAAGAGAGCAAGGCACAAUGUGCCGGUUGAGAUACUGCUCAUGCAACUCCAAGCAUACAUAGCCCAACCAGGUCCUUGA